AUGAUGAUACAACAACCACUCAGUUCCAGUAAGUACAUACUACUGUUUGCUAGAAUCUCAAAGUUGCUCACCAAGCCACAAGCCAUACGUCAUCAUCUCCACACAACACCACCAUCACAUAAUCUAUUCGGUGGAGGACCCACCAGCUCGAAAUCACUCAAGGGCAAACUAAGCGCCAACCCCGAGCAACUACUUAAACCUCUGGCCAAGACCCAAGUAUCAUCAAACCCUGCCGACAUCUUGACGCAGAAUGACAUAUUAAUGUAUUCAACGAAACCGCAAAAUUAUAUCGAAAGUAUCAAGCAUAAUGGGUUUCAUUUAUCCAACAAUUACUUCAUCCAAUCGCCUGAUUCGAAUGGUGAUCUAAUUGGGUUGUGUUUAUUGGGCUCGGAAACAUUUGAAGUGAAAUUAACCAACAACAAGAGUAAGAAGGGCGAAAACAAAGAGGUUAAUUGCACAAUCGAUAAUCAUAUUGUUACAUUCAUGCCAUCAAUCCUACAAAUAUUUGCCAAGAUACACCCCAAGCCGGAAUUGGUUGUCGUGGGACUCGGCAAAACUAGUCGAUUAUUGAAUAAAGACAAUCGCACUUGGUUUAGUGAAUGUGGGAUUCAAUUGGAAAUUAGUGAUUCAACUAAUGCCGGACAGAUUUAUGAUUUGUUGAGUACUGAGCGGCCGGGUGUUAUUGGUGCUUUGCUCUUACCGCCAAAUUUAUAA